AAGCGCUUCUACCGUCCGAUUGGCUAAGCCGCAUCGCCAACACUGUGCCGUUGAAAGAAGCUAAUAGUCCGCGCAAAAUUAAUUGGAUCUUGUCGCUAUGGUAAGUAUCAACCCUCUCUCAACAGUUAUUGUUUUAUUUCGAAAGCAGGCGCCAUUACUUGUAUGUGUGAACCACUUAUGUUAGGCCUACCUUUUGUUUCAGUACCAGCAUAUGAUUUUCCAUCAGUUAAGUUCGGCGUCGCCUGGAAAUAUGAUGGAAAGGCCUGAGCGCUCUACCCGGGCAAAAGGACAGCGGGGGAAUGAAGGAGAAAGCUCCGAUAUGCCUACUGCUGUUAGUAAUAUCGAAAAUAUUCAACCACACAAAGUGCAAUGGAAGAAAAGGUCGGAAGAGCUGCAGUCCCGAAUCAAUGAGCUGGAGGAGGAGAAUUCUUUGCUCAAGCAGCAGCUUGAGCAAAGGCCUUCAGCAAAUCAAGGUGAGAAAAUGGACAACACUGCCACCGACCCAGAGUCAGACACUGACUCGAGUUCCAACUCCAGCACUGACUCCACCGAUUCCAGGAGCAGUGAUACAAGCUCUUCCUCCUCUGAUGGCCGCAAGAAAAAGAGGAAGCACAAAAAGAAAAACAAAAAGAAGAGCAAAAAGGCUUCAAAGAACAAAGGUCUUCGAGUGACAACAAUAUCGGAUGUUGUUAAAAGGUACCGCCGGGUCCUUAAACUAAUUCAAAAAGGACGCAAGAUGUCGAGGGCAUUCCUGAAGGCACGUGUUUCUAGAAACGCAGUUAAAGACACUGCAGCAAUCGCGGAGCUCUACAUUGCAGAGAGGAGUGUCCUGGAUGGAAUCAAAGGCGAACAGAGGCUCCUUCAUUUAGCAAAGCUCUGCCAGUCCAAAAUUGUUGGAGAACUUGCCCUUAAAAUUGAAGAGCUGAAGAGGAAAAAAAAACUCAUACCAUUCUCCAAAAAGGGUUAAAGGGACAGGGGUGAAAGGAGAGAGUUUUUUUAAUUAAACGAUAAAUCCUGUGUAAAAUGGAUCUGGGAUAUGUUUAAUAUGAUAAUGAGAUGGGAUGU